AUGAAGGUAACAUGGCUGGCCUUGGCGGCAGUUGCCGUAGCACGACAGGUCCAUGUCGGGUCGAAUGGAGUCAUUCAAGGCCACGAGGCAUCGAAGAAUCCCGGGGUCACAGAAUGGCUGGGGGUUCCUUACGCGCAGGCACCGGUCGACCAAUUGCGAUUCGCACCGCCCCAACCCUACACGACCAGGGGUGUCCACGUAGCCUCGGAAUAUGUAUGA